AUGCAUCCUCCUGUUCUACACGUUAUCUAUGCCGGCCGUGGCGAUGCCAUGGUUCUUGAAUGCGACGACAGUUCUACCCCUAAUAAGCGCAACUUUAUCCUCGUGGAUGGAGGCCCCAGAAAAUACGACUAUCUGGGCGACAACGCCCCUUAUCAUCGAUACCUUUUGUCUGCCUGCCGACAGAUCAUGGGCCAGAAGAACAGUGGCUCAGUUCAGUAUGGACUAGUUACGGACAAGAAACUUUCCGAUCUUACACUGGGAUCUCGUACCUUUUCGGGACGGACCAUUCUUCAGCCAAACGGUCAGAAGCUCAUUCAAGGGCUCUUGAACAUGAUGCACCGGACAGUACCAGGGACGUCGGCAGAGGACGAGAUGAAACCAUGGGUUGAAAGUUUUUUCGGGGGUCAGGAUCUUACUUUUGGACGGCUUGAUGGUUUCACUGAUCAUCUUCUUACUCUAUGUCAAGGAGCCCAUGCUAUCCCCACGAACCAAGACGGAAGCAUGGAGGACGUGUCAUCUGGAGGUCUUGAUGUGACUCCAUACGGGACAUUUCACGACGGCUUGUCGUAUGAGACCUUGAAUAGCGCUCAUGCAGCUGAGUAUAAGAGCCGGUUCUUCCAACCAGUGACUCACGGCCAAGCACAAAUUACUCAGUUCAACAUUGUCGACCGUUUUGGGCAGGUCAUAUAUGCUCAUGAUCCGCGACCAGAACAGCCCAAAGAGCCUCUUGACGCGUUACCCAAUACGGCAUUCAAGACAUCAGCGGGCGACGGUGAAGAGGACGGUUGCGAAUGGUUUCAGCUUAGCCCACGGAUCAACCAAGAUGCUCGUCUCCAUGCUGAAUUUCUAAAUGAUGAGGAUAGUCCUGGACCACAACCAGUGACUGAUAACAACACGGCUGUAUUCGCAUGGCUAUUGAUCAACUUUCACAAUCAGUCUAUACAGGUCUAUGACAAGGAUAGGACUUUCAAGGGAGAGGUCCUGCUUCCUUCUGAACCCAACGAGUCGGUCCAUUGGCAUUCUCUCCUUGGGGUCGAUGUCUCUUCUGACAUCAUAUGA